CUUCCUGAUAUCGGACCAAGCUGUCUGUAAAUGAAGAAGUUGUAAGCAGACGCAGGUUUUAUUUUGGGGCUAUAUCGUAUUAAGAAACUGGGAUCGAUUCUGCAAGAGCUUUAUACAUGAGAAAAGUAUGGAACGGGGAUGGUAUGGUCUGGGAUUGAUCUUGUCGCUAGUUACAACUCAACCCUGUCCACAGGAAGCCAACUUAAUGAGGAACCCAGAUUGCGUUGAUGGUGAUUGCAAUAUCGAUGAGUCAUCCCUUUACGGAGAUUGUGGUGAGAACAUGGAGUCCUACGUUUCACAGUUCAUGCUAUUUGUCAGAAAUCACUGCAUCUGUAAAGAUAGAUUUGUAUCCACCGUCUCUGAUCGGAAGACAGACUGUUUCGAUGGUGAUUGCGAUAUAGACGAGUCGUCCUUAGAUGGAGAUUGUGACAGGGACAUACAGUGUUACGUUGCACAGCUCAAACUAUUUGUCAGAAAUCACUGCGUGUGUAAUGAGGAAUUUGAGUCCCCUGCCAAUGAAAUGAACUCUGCUCGGAAGGCAGACUGUUUCGGCAUUAAUGAAUGUGUUGACAAGAACAAUAAUGAAUUAUGUGGACCGAAUGGAACUUGCCACAACACAGUAGCAAGUUACAACUGCUCCAGUAACCAGGCAUUUGAAGCUUCAGGAGCGAAUGAUUCCUCUAAUUUAUCUAAAGAUCAGCAUCAAGAAUUUUCACUUGGUGAACAUUCAAGUUUCAGACAGCGGGAGUUACGCCACAGUGGGGCUAUACCAGCGCCUGAUAAUGAAAACAGAUCAGCACCUGUUCAAGGAAUUAUACUUCCUCCUGUUAAUAGAGACACUCCCAAACCUGUUCACAGAAGAAUACCUGCUUCUGUUAAUGGAGACACACCUGCCUCUGAUAAUGGAAUCACACCUGUUCCAGUUAAUGGAAUCAUGGCUACUCCUGUUAAUGGAGGCAUAACUGUUUCUGAUAAUGGAAUCACACCUGCUCCUGCUAAUGGAAUGAUGCCUGCUCCUGUUAAUGGAAUCACAGUUACUCCUGUUAAUGGUAUCACGCCUGCUCCUGUUAAUGGAAUCACAGCUACUCCUGUUAAUGGUAUCACGCCUGCUCCUGUUAAUGGAAUCACGGCUACUCCUGUUAAUGGUAUCACGCCUGCUCCUGUUAAUGGAAUCACAGCUACUCCUGUUAAUGGAAAAACGCCUACUCCUGUUAAUGGAAUCACAGCUACUCCUGUUAAUGGAAUCACGCCUGCUCCUGUUAAUGGAAUCACAACUACUCCUGUUAAUGGAGACUUACCUGACCCUGAGGUUGGACACACUCCUGCCCAUGUCCAUGCCCCUGUAACGUCUCCUAUGCUCCCCACUGACCCUGUUGGCUACAGUGUCUCUGCCGUUGGAACCACUGGAACUGACCCCACAUUGGCAACAGCACCAGAGCAGCCAGCCUCACCUGUGGAGAUAUUUUGCUCUAGGAUGACUAACAGCAGCAGCUUGCUUGGUGAACUGUGCCAGAAACCUGCCAAUGGAUCAUUACUUCAGGAUAUCAUUUCCCUCACAACAAGGCUGUUUGCAGAGGAGUCCCCAUUGAGGGCUAAAGCACAGGAGGAGCGGCUAAAUUCAGCAUCUCAGGUCCUGCAGGACAUGGAGAAUGCUGCUAUCACACUCGCCCUGAACUCAAAGGGUCAAGGACUGCAAGACGUCACCAACAAGGCAAUGGACCUUCAGCUGCGAGUUGUUGACGUGAGCAGUGUGGAUAAUAAAGUGAGCCUGGAGGCCAAGGGCAAUGCGAUCGACAUUUCCUGGAAACCAGCCACCAGCUCUGAAAUGACCGGCUCUGUUGCGGUUGCUUUCAUCGUGUAUCAUGACAUGGAUUCUGUCCUUCACGGAGCAUCCUACAAAAACAAGGAAACCAGCGAGAGAUAUGAGGAGGCCCAGCUACAGUCCAGGGUCAUUUCAGCAGCUGUGGGAUCCUCAGGCAACUACAAACUUUCUGUUGCUGUCAGCUUCAGCCUAAAGCAUAAAGAGGAUACCUCAGUUGGUUGGAAGAGGCUAUGUGCCUACUGGAUGCACGCGGAGAAUGGAGGCCACUGGUCUCCAAGUGGCUGUGAGUUGGUGGGCUCCAAUGACACACACACCACAUGUCAAUGUGAUCACUUUUCCAGUUUUGCGAUUUUGAUGGCCUUCAGCGAGGAGUUACAGGAUUAUUCCGAUAAGCCACUGACUGUAAUCACGUUCAUUGGAAUCCCGAUAUCUCUGGCGUGUCUCGCACUGGCUAUCGGCACCUUUCUCUUCUGCUCGCAGGCUCAGAAUGCUGUCACGGCCACUCACACGCAACUCUGCAUCAGUCUCUUCCUGGCGGAGCUGCUCUUCAUAAUCGGCAUUGACAAAACCGGAAACCAGAAGGUGUGUGGCAUCAUAGCAGGAUGUCUGCAUUAUUUGUUCCUUACGGCUUUUGCUUGGAUGAGCUUGGAGACAUUGCAGCUUCACCUCAUGGUCAGGAACUUGAAGAACAUGAGGGUAUUCCAUUCCAGUAACAUUGGGAGGUAUAUCUACCCACUAGGAUAUGGGCCUCCCGCACUGAUCGUGGUAAUUUCUGCAGCAGCUUCCCCCAACGGAUAUGGUUCACACAGACACUGCUGGUUACUGGUAGAGAAUGGGUUUGUCUGGAGCUUCUUGGGACCUGUCUAUCUGAUCAUUUUGGCGAAUACAUUUCUGUUCACCAUAACUCUCUGCAUAUUGAAUGAAGAACUUUCGAAUCGUGACAUGAAUGUCUCAAAAAUUAAGGACACAAGGAUGCUGACGUUUAAAGCCAUUGGACAAAUCUUUAUCCUGGGCUGUACUUGGAUUCUCGGCUUCUUUCAUUUUCAAGAGGAUACAGCAGUGAUGGGCUAUUUAUUUACAAUUGUCAACAGUUUUCAAGGCACCUUCAUCUUCAUCAUCCUUUGUGUGUUAAAUCCCAAGAUAAGGGCUGAAUACAGCAAAUGGAUUACCUGCAUCUGCCAGACCAGAAAGAGCUUAUUUGAAUCCGAAUCCACAAAAGUGCCAUUGUCAGUUACAUCGGAAAUAAUAUUGACGAGUGUGAGACAGACCCGUGUGGUUCAAACGCAACAUGCACCAACACAAUUGGCCAUUUUCAGUGCACCUGUAAAGGAGGAUUUGUCCCAACUACUGGAAAACGCACCUUUACUGAUAAAACAGUCACGCAGUGCCAAGCAAGCUAACAGUGAUUGGACAAUGCACUGUGUUCAUUGGAAUUAUGCAGCUGGGAAAAGCUACUGGUCUCCUCGUGGAUGCAGUGUGGGAGGUUCUAGUCGAACACAUACUCAGUGUCGAUGCAGCCAACUCUCUACCCUGGCACUGCUAAUGUCUCCUGUUGGAUGGCAGGACUAUCCCUUUGCCUUGACUAUAAUUACAUUGGUUGGAAUUCCAAUUUCUCUGGUGUGUCUUGGAAUUACCAUUGUGACCUUUGCUUUCUGUACCAGUUUAAGGAAUGCUCUAUAUAUCACCCACAUGCAGCUGUGCGUGAGUCUCUUCCUGGCAGAGCUGCUUUUCCCUGUCGGGAUCAACAGAACCAGAAACCAAGUGAUGUGUGGGAUUAUAGCAGGAUUUUUACACUACUUGUUCCUGGCUGCGUUUGUUUGGAUGUUUCUGCAGGGAAUCCACCUCUUUCUCAUGGUCAGAAACAUCAGGAAUUUAAGAGUUCCCCAUUCAGGAAAAGUUGAGAAACUCAUGUACCUUCUUGGCUAUGGGGUCCCUGCAAUAAUUGUGUUCAUUUCUGCUGCAGUGUAUCGCGAUGGUUAUGGGUCACCCAGGCACUGCUGGAUCUCCACAGACAGAGGAUUCAUCUGGAGUUUCCUGGGACCUGUGUGUCUGAUCAUUCUGAUCAACACAGCUCUGUACUUCACAAUACUCUUGAUAUUGAAAAGAGAAAUUUCCAAGCGGGACACUCAAGUGUCUAAACUUCAGAAUACAAAGAUGCUGACAUUUAAAGCCAUUGCUCAGGUGUUCAUCCUGGGCUGCACUUGGAUUUUUGGUUUGUUUCAGUUUCAGGAAGAGCCCGGUGUAAUGACCUAUUUAUUCACCAUCAUCAACAGUUUCCAAGGCACAUUCAUCUUCAUCCUCCUCUGCAUAUUAAAUCCCAAGGUGAGAGCCGCUUAUUGUAAUUACUUCGCCAGGAUGUAUAAGGCAAUGGACACAGUGGCCUCAGAGGAGGAUAAAGCCAACACAAUGACGGUCUUAUCGAUCUCAAAGGACUGAUGAAACUUCAUUUCCCUCACUGGCUGAGACAGACGAAAACGUUAAUGCCAUCAUCAUCUCUGACACAGUGAUCAAGGAACCACCCAACGCUGAAAUGCUUAGCAGUUACUGAGGAACCACGCCAUUCAAUUAAACAAGUCUGUGUUGGUGUUUACCCUCUGUGAGAGCAAAUUGUUCUAUACACAUUUAUCCAUUUUUCACCAAUGUCCUUUCAACUCCAAUCCCCUCAGCCACUUAUUGAACUGAAUCUUGAAUAUUGGUGCAGUGUCCAGCUCAAGCACACGUCUUGUUCGUGAAUCCCAGUC